AUGGACAUCUUAUUCGCUCAGAUCCAAGCGGACCUCCGCUCCAACGAUGCCCUCCGCCAGUCUGGCGCUCUCCUCCAAGCUCUCCAGCAAUCCGCUGCUGGCCGCGACAUUUCCGUCCUUGCCAAAUCUGCCGUCGAAGAGAUCGUCGCGUCUCCCGCCUCCGCCGUCUCCAAAAAGCUUGCCUUUGACCUUAUUCGUUCCACUCGUCUCACUGCCGACCUCUGGGAGACAGUUUGCACCGGCAUCCGCACCGACCUUGACUUCCCCGACCCCGAUGUCACCGCCGCAGCCGUCUCCAUCCUCGCUGCCAUCCCCUCCUACCGCCUUGGCAAGCUCAUCGCCGACUGCAACAAGGAAAUCUCCAACUGUUUCGACUCUCCCAGCGACAACCUUCGCUUCUCCAUCACCGAGACCCUGGGCUGCGUCCUCGCCCGUGAUGACCUCGUUACCUUGUGCGAGAACAACAUCAAUUUGCUGGAUCGCGUCUCUAAUUGGUGGACUCGCAUCGGCCACAACAUGCUAGACAAAUCCGACGUCGUCUCCAAGGUCGCUUUCGAAUCCGUCGGCAGACUCUUUCAGGAAUUCGAAUCCAAGCGGAUGAGUAGGCUGGCCGGAGACAAGCUUGUUGACAGCGAGAAUUCCGUGGCCAUUCGAUCCAAUUGGGUCUCUUCUAUGGUGGAAUUUGUUUGGAAAAAACGGAGUUCGCUAAUGGCCAGGUCCUUGAUUUUGCCAGUGGAGAGUUUCAGGGCAACAGUUUAUCCACUUGUCUACGCAGUCAAGGCCGUGGCUUCAGGUUCAUUACAAGUGAUCAAGAAGCUUUCCAGGUCUUCUAAGAGUGAGAAUGCCAGCACUUUGGAGUCUGUCAAUGCGGAGAGGUUUAUAGGAGUGUCGGAUGUGGUGACGCAUCUUGCUCCCUUCCUUUCUUCCUCGUUGGAGCCUGCGUUGAUUUUCGAGGUGGGGAUAAAUAUGUUGUACUUGGCUGAUGUUCCCGGAGGCAAGCCGGAAUGGGCUUCCGCGUCAACUAUUGCAAUUCUGACUCUCUGGGACAGGCAAGAGUUCUCCUCUGCUCGAGAGAGUAUUGUUAGAGCCGUAGUUACGAAUCUGCAUCUCCUUGACCUUAGUAUGCAGGUAUCUUUAUUCAAAAGGCUGCUUCUCAUGGUGAGAAACUUGAGAGCAGAAUCAGAUCGCAUGCACGCUUUGGCAUGCAUCUGUAGGACUGCUCUCUGUGUCGAUCUUUUUGCAAAGGAAAGUGUUCGAAGAGGUCAAAAGCCUCUUCCAGGGACUGAUAUUGCUUCCCUUUUUGAGGAUGCCAGGAUAAGAGAUGACCUUAACAGUGUAGGAAGUAAAAGCUUAUUCAGAGAAGAACUAGUUGCCAUGCUAGUUGAAAGCUGUUUUCAGCUGUCAUUACCAUUGCCUGAACAGAAAAAUUCGGGCAUGGAAAGCAGAGUUAUUGGAGCAUUAGCUUAUGGAACUGGUUAUGGUGCUUUAAAUUGGACUGAACCAGCUCUGGAAGUUGUUGAAGUGUGUAGGCCAUGUGUCAAAUGGGAUUGUGAAGGUCGAAAUUAUGCCAUUGAUUGCUACUUGAAGUUGCUGGUUCGACUUUGCCACAUUUAUGAUACUAGAGGAGGGGUCAAAAGGAUCAAAGAUGGAGCAUCUCAGGACCAAAUUCUAAAUGAGACACGUUUACAGAACUUGCAACGUGAACUUGUCAGAGAUUUACGUGAGGUGAACACCCCUAGAAUACUAGCCCGUGUUAUGUGGGCUAUUUCAGAACACAUAGAUCUAGAAGGUCUGGAUCCACUUCUUGCUGAUGAUCCUGAAGAUCAACUGAACAUUAUAGUAGCCAAUAUCCAUAAAGUUCUGUUUAACACAGACUCAUCAGCAAGCGCUACAAAUCGGCUGCAAGAUGUUCAGGCUGUUCUUCUAUGUGCUCAGCGACUGGGAUCACGAAAUGCUAGGGCUGGGCAGUUGAUUACUAAGGAGCUUGAAGAGUUCAGAACCAAUGCCUCAGCUGAUUCUGUCAAUAAGCAUCAAUGUCGUUUGAUUUUGCAGAGAAUCAAAUACGUUUCAAGUCACCCAGAGAUCAAGUGGGCUGGGGUGAGUGAAGCUAGAGGAGAUUAUCCAUUUAGCCAUCACAAAUUAACUGUUCAAUUUUAUGAAGCAUCUACGGCCCAAGACCGGAAGCUGGAAGGACUAGUGCACAAGGCGCUUUUAGAACUUUGGAGGCCUGAUCCUAGUGAACUAACAGUAUUAUUGUCGAAAGGAAUAGACUCUACCCGAAUCAAGGUUCCCCCAAGGGCAUGUACUUUGACUGGUAGCAGUGAUCCAUGCUAUGUGGAAGCAUAUCAUUUGUCAGAUCCAAAUGACGGAAGGAUCACUCUGCAUUUAAAGGUUCUGAAUUUGACAGAAAUUGAACUGAAUCGCGUGGAUAUAAGAGUUGGGCUAUCAGGUGGACUAUAUUUCAUGGAUGGAUCUCCACAAGCAUUGCGGCAAUUGCGUGAUCUUAAUUCACAGGAACCAGUGAUCUGCAGUGUGACAGUAGGUGUUUCACAUUUUGAGCAAUGUGCUCUUUGGGUCCAAGUCUUGUAUUACCCCUUCUAUGGCAGUGGUGCUCCAGCUGAUUAUGAAGGGGACUACUCUGAAGAUGAUCCACAAAUCAUUAGACAAAAGAAAAGCCUAAGGCCUGAAUUAGGUGAACCUGUGAUUUUGAGAUGUCAACCUUAUAGGAUUCCCCUGACUGAACUUCUUUUGCCACAUAAGAUUUCUCCAGUUGAAUAUUUCCGCCUAUGGCCUAGUCUACCCGCUAUAAUAGAAUAUACUGGUACAUAUACGUAUGAAGGAAGUGGCUUCAAGGCUACAGCUGCACAGCAGUAUGGGGAAUCUCCUUUCCUUAGUGGUCUGAAAUCUCUGUCUUCAAAGCCUUUCCAUAGAGUUUGUUCGCAUAUCAUCAGGACUGUUGCUGGCUUUCAGUUGUGUUUUGCUGCAAAAACUUGGUAUGGGGGCUUUGUUGGCAUGAUGAUAUUUGGAGCCAGUGAGGUUAGCCGAAAUGUGGACCUAGGUGAUGAGACAACAACAAUGAUAUGCAAAUUUGUUGUUCGAGCUUCUGAUUCAUCAAUUACAAAGGAGAUCGGUUCAGAUCUACAGGGCUGGUUAGAUGACCUUACUGGGGGUGUCGAGUACAUGCCUGAAGAUGAAGUGAAGGUGGCUGCUGCUGAGAGGCUGAGGAUAUCAAUGGAGCGGAUAGCAUUGCUUAAGGCAGCACGGCCUCGUCCCAAGUCUCCCAAGUCUGAUGAGGAGGAAGAACGCGAGAGUGAGGAGGACAAGGAAGACGAGGAGGAUAAGAAGGAAAGUGGGGAGGAAGUUGGCAAGACUAAGGGGCCUACCACAUUGUUCAAGUUAACUCCGGAGGAAGUCGAGCAUCGUGCUCUUCAAGUAGCUGUGCUACAAGAAUGGCAUAUGCUGUGUAAAGACAGGAGUUCCAAAGUUAAUUGAUGACUUAUAUUCUUUCCUAUAGGAAAUUUUUGCAUAAAGAAUUUCUUGUAUUUUGUCCAUACGUAUUAAGAGUGCAAAAAUAUGAUAGGCGAGGCUUUUUUGUUUUCGUGGAUCUGUUAUUUCCUUUUUUGUUUUUUUUUUGUCCUUUUCAUUCGGCGUUCUUCUCUCCCUGUUUAUCUUUGUACCACACCAAUUGGUUCUUCAAUUUCCUCUAUUCGAGGAGUAAUUGUCAAAUUUGGUCUUUUAUGGUUAUAGCUUGACUUCUGU